AUUACCGAGAAUAGCUUGUUAGUAGUAGUGCAGUUGGGUUUUAACCCCUUUCCGGUGAAUCAUGCCUACUGAAUUUUUCAUUACAAAUCUAAAAUUUAAAAAAGGGGGCAAAAGUAAUGUUUUGAAAUUGUUAAUGUGACAGCAAAGCUAAAUAAAGAUCCGGUCUAUCACAGGAAGUGAAACCCAGCCCACAGGAUGCAAAACCAGGAUGUGUGAAACAUUCAUGAACAACCCUGCUGCCAUUAUGUCAAAUAGAUUCAACUCGUAUGUCACCAAGUCACAUUACGGAUUAACAGAUGGCGUAAGGUGGCUCGCGGGAUUCAAAGAAUUGGCUAGUGGCACGCCCAAGGGGAGCGGAAAAGAGUGAAUGAAUCAAUGCGCUUAUAGUGAUUCCCAAGAAACAAGUGCAUUGACGUUCGAAGAAGCCUUAGAAUAAUUUUUUAGUGGCGUCGUAGCCAAAAGCUCAGCUUCUUCAUUACUUAAUUGAAAACGAAACCCACAAGUUGUCGGGAAAAGUAACAACAACAAGCUGGUCCAUCCAAUCCAUCAAGAGGUCUUGAAACUACGUCUCAGUCGGGUUUUGACCUAUCAAAUCGCGCCCGAUCUUGACCCGUAAUUGGAUUACAGAUAACGCAAGAGAUGACAUUUCCAACAGACGAAAACACCGAGUGAUCUGAUUCUCUUAAUAACAACACGGGUGUUGGGCGGGCAUUGCGACAUUAUCGUCCAAGGGAAAUAAUUCAAUUGAUUCCGGUGUGAGCAUCGAUUAACGUACUUUUGGACGAAAUCAAACAAAAACUAUAUCAACAACAUGAGUGCUGCUUUUCGAUUGGCCCUCUUCAGUUUGCUGCUUAUUGUCCACUCGGCACGACCCAUGAGCAUCACCAAGAGACAGAGCGGUCAAGUAACAUUCUGCGGUCUGCACACUCCUUGCGGCUGGGGAGUUUACAAUUCAAACACACGCCAAAUGGACUACUUUGUUCGAAACAUCUGCCAAUGCAACCGACCUCUAGAGCGUUGUUUGCGUGCGGGCGACGAUGUCAGCAUCUCGGCUUACGUCUAUCGCUGCGUCCGGUCUCGGACUUCUCCGUUGACCAUCAGCGGCGCUUCUGCCGUCGGUGCCGCAACCGGAAGAAGUUCAAUUGAUACAGCGCCCAAUUUGAUCGACAUGAAAUUGUGAACAUUCAACAAAGGAAAUUGAAAAAAAAAAAAAAACUGACGCGCAAAACACCCGCAGGUUUUAAAAAAGCGAACAAAAUAGGUUUUUAUUUCUCUCCUAACACUCAUUUGUCUCUUGAUUUCCCUGCGCGACACAUUUUUCACUAUAUAUCGACUUUGGAAUUAUUUUCAAUUCACCUUCAUUAUUUAUUUAAUUUGUUAUGCCAUUAAAAUAUGACUUUAUAUGACGCAAGAAAACUAAGUCGUUUUCUGAAUUUUACAUUGACCAACUAAACAAUAUACUCCAAUUACUCCAUUCA